AUGGAGUCAUCCCUGAGGUACCUGGUGUUGCUAACGGCAAUCUCCGGCGCGAUGGCCUUGACGCCAGAAGCAUGCCGAAAUGCUUCAGAGCAUUGUCAAAUAGAAUUCACGCAAGCUGUACAACAAUCAAACCAAGUAUCAACUGUGUGUAGCUCAGCUAGAAGAAGUCUGACCUGCGUGGAGGAGCUGCGCUGUGACUCAGAAAUGUACCUGAGAACAGCCAUCAGAAUUGCUACUAAACGGCUGACAGAAAAGAACGUCCAAAGUUGUGAACUUGGAACGCGUUUUCCCAAGGAUAGAGAGUAUUCCAGGGAGUGCCAGCUGAAGAGGGAGACCUGCCUGAACGCUUACAUUGACAUGGUGAUCAUGCUGUGUCAGGAUCUCAACGACUUUAUCGCUUGUGAGAUAAAGCAAGAUUCGUGUGAAUUGAAUAGAGAAGAGGUGCAGAAGUUUGUAACUGAAGAGAAGCUGAGAUUAACACUACCCAGCUGCA